UAACGUUGUUGUGUAAACUACAUGGACAUUAGCGGGCGCAGCGGCACAACCACCGAGCCGGAGUGGAUUAAAACAGCGCGCAGUGUGUGUGGAGACCCACUCGAUAACGAUAACAGUGUGAGGAACCACGGUUGUGGAAGAGCAAGCCCGUUACCCCAGUUUGCAGCCGCGAGACAGCCAAAAACAGGGUUCGUGGUGAACUCAGUGCAUUGUGUUUCAGGCAGGGAGAGAGAGAGAGAGAGAGCUCGGCGGGAAUGGCUUCAUCUCCGUGCGGCAACAGUAACUUUGAUUCCGGUCUGGAAAUCAAAACUCGCUCGGUGGAGCAGACGCUUAUUCCUUUAGUAUCGCAGAUCACUACGUUGAUCAACCAUAAAGACAAGCCAAAGAAGUCUGAGCGCACACUCGCUGCCAUUCACAGGGUGGGCCAGGCGGUGAGUGUGGCUGUGGGACGUUUUGUCGCCGUCGGGGAGGCCAUUGCCACAGAGAACCAGGAGUUGAAGGAUGAGAUGGGUCAGGCCUGCUUUGAGGCUCGCCGAGCAGGUGACGCCAUAGCCCAGCUGACGGAUAUAGGACCAGCGUUGCCACCGCAGUCAGACGGACGUGGCACAGUGCUCAGUGAUAGGACAGGGAUGGUAAAGGCUGCCCGUCUGCUGCUCUCCUCAGUCACUAAGGUCCUGGUGUUAGCUGACCGCAUCGUCAUCAAACAGAUAAUCACAUCACGCAACAAGGUCCUGGUUACCCUCGACCAUCUGGAAAGAGUCAGCACCUUCCAGGAAUUUGUGCAGAUUUUCAGUCAGUUUGGCAAUGAGAUGGUGGAGUUUGCCCACCUCACCGGAGACAGACAGAACGACUUGAAGGAUGAGAAGAAGAAAGCUCGGAUGGCAGCCGCCAGAGCAGUGCUGGAGAAAUGCACCAUGAUGCUUCUCACAGCCUCCAAGACUUGCCUGAGGCACCCGGAUUGCGAGUCGGCGCGGAUCAACAAAGACGCUGUGUUCCACCGAAUGCGCUGUGCCCUGGAGCAGGUCAUUGAGAUCGUCACUGAGGCACGGAGCUGUGGGGAGAACAAGAUCCUUCCUGCUAGCAUCUACAAUGGCAUCAAGGACUUUAAGUCCAGUGUGGAGUGCCUGCGGGAGAACCUGUACUCCUUCUCACCCCAGAGCAUGAGCAGCCAGCUGGAGGCGCUGGUGGAGCGGACAGAGGACUUCACUGACUCGGCCUACACCAGCCACGAGCAGCGGCAGGCCAUCCUCGGUCUGUGCCAGCUGGCGCGCCAGGACACCCAGCAGCUGGUGCACGCCUGGGUUGAGGCGCAGUCUGUCCAUGCCAAAGAGGCAACAGAGGACAUGGAGGUGGCCAUUCUGAAGACCUGCCAGAGCGCCAACGACCUCAGACGUGAGCUCCAUAAGGUGGCAGUCAGUCGUGCGUCAGACCUGCUCAAAGUUCAUGGGGAGCAGUUGCCUCUACGGGCUCUCAAAGCCGCAGGGGCUGAGGGAAACCUGGAGGCAGUGGCUGAGUUCACACGCACGCUAACUGAGCAGAAGGAGCAGCUGGUAGAGACGUGUCGGCUGCUCUGCCACGUUUCCGGGUCGGAGCCUUUGGAGAUCACCUGCAUACACGCUGAGGAAACCUUCCAUGUUAUUGGUCCACAGAUCAUCUCUGCAGCCCAGACGCUGGCCCUGCAUCCAUCCAGUAAGAUUGCAAAGGAAAACCUGGAGGUGUUCUGCGAGGCCUGGGAGUCGCAGCUCUGUGACAUGGCCCUGCUGCUGAGGGAGAUCAAUGACGUGUUUGAAGGCAGGCGAGGAGACAAAAGACCUUAUUUGUCGCUUCCCAGGCCCGGGAAACUCUCAGCUAACUUAAAGACUGCCAAGGCUGUCAAGUUGGAUGCAGAGGAGCAGACAAGCAUUGCCAAGAUGGGCCUGGAGCUCCGUCUGCUGUCCUCAGAUGUGGACACAGAGGUGGAGAAAUGGGAGGAGCAGGAGCACGAGAUAGUGCGGCAGAGCCAGAGCCUGGCCAGUAUGGCCUACAACAUGCACCUGUUCACCAGAGGGGAGGGGCUGCUGAAAACAACACUGGAUCUGUUUCAUCAAGCAGAGGUUCUUUCUGAGGAAGGGCUCCAGCUGUGUUCAUCUCUCCGUACGUUUUCCACACAGCUGGUUGAUGAGGAGAAGUCUGUGGUGAUGACAGAGAUGGAGAAACUGGUGGCUUUGUGCCAACAGCUGCAGAUGGGGGCUAAGACUCCUGUGCAGGGCAAGACUGCCACCUUCCAGAAGGUGGAGUCAUCCAUCCAGGCAACCAGAAGUAUCUUGACUGUGGUCCUCGCUCUCCUCCCAAUCUGUAACAAACUCAACAGAAAGUACAAGUCAGAGAGGAGCAGCCUGGGUUCCCCUCAAGACUGGAGAGAGAGGCAGGAUGCCUCCACGCCUGUCAAAGAGGAUGGAGCACUCACCAACCAGAACAGCAAUGGUUUUGGUGUCAAAUCCUUGGAGCAACACAUGGCUGGCCUCAACCUCCUGGAGAGCAAAUAAUUCAGGAAAUAGUCAACUCCUUUGUCCACUAUUCUCCCUUGGAGCAGCACAUAGCCAUUGUCACCUUUCUUGGGGACAUGUUAUCCAGAAAAUACUUUAUUCCACUCAUCCUCAUGCACCCACCAGAAGUGGGCGAGAGUUGCCAGGGUCAGUCAAAGUUUGUAUUUGCUGUUGAGGAUGGAUUAUAAGAUAUACAGAUCUGAGCUUUCUGUGCCCAGGGUCAGUUUGACCACAGGGUAGCUUUUUACCUGAUGAACCAGUUCCACCCUAAUCCACAAGAUGGAGACAAUCAGCCAACGCUAGACUUUGCCAUUUGCAGUGAUUGAAACGGGGCACAGACCUGAUUUUAGAGUUUAAAGUUUUCUCUAGACUUUGAUUUGAUGAACUGAUCAGGAAUCAGGAAAGAACUCCUCUUGAUGCUCAGCCAUACAUCUGUCUUCACUAUGUGCCUCUUUGCUUUGUGGUGUACUGUAAACGUGUUGCACAUGUAAGCCGAACAACAACAAAAAAGAGAAAUGACUGAAACCUGCCCUGCAUGAUGCCAUCACAAAUCCCCCGUGUUUGAGUCUCUUAUGAGCAAUGUGUCAUAGUUUUGUAAUGUUAACACUUGUUGGGUAUUAUAAGUCAGUGCAUUCUGUCUGUUGAUCACUGGCAUCUCACUGGGAUUAAAGAAAAAAGUAUUCAAAAGGUCAACCAUGCCAUAUGAUAAUUUCCUAGUUUACUAUGGAAUAUUCCCAUGUGCCAUUACAAUUUAAUGCCAAAUAUGACUGUCUACAUCAGCUUGCUAGUAUUAGGAUAGAAAGCUCUUACUCCUCUAGCAUACACGGCUGGAGAUUUUGUUUUAUUUGGGUUGGAUUUCUCCAAAAAGUCCUGAUUAUUAUUUUGAUAUGUCAGUAUCUUAGUUUACACUGUCUUGUGUAUUAUUUAAUCAUAUUCUGUGUAAACUGUUCUAUGUUUUUUUCCCUUAAAGAAAUGAAAUGUAAUACUGAACUGGCACCAGUGGCAAAUGGAGCCUUGAAGUGUACUUGUUAUGAAGACUAUCAUUGUGAAGCUGCCUCGUUUGCUCUUGUGUGUUAAAUGGAAUAUGAUAUGUAUAAUAUGGUACUUGAAGCAGAGAUAUAUAAAUAUAUACACACUAUUGUAUCCUGAGGUUAUGAAUUUGGUACUAGGUGAGGGUGUUGUAAUGACUUAAAUAAAUAACAUAUGUUAAAGCUUUGUACAGUGUGAGAGCAGCAAAGGAUACUGGGUAUUGUAGUGGCACUACAGAUGUGAAGAAAUCAUAGAUAUAGUUUUGGAACAUCUAUUCUUUUGACAAUUGAAAGGAUAAAAGUGAGACGCAAAAAUAAACAAUAUUUUUCUUACA